AUGUCCGAGACCAAACUGGACUGUCUCCCUUCUUGCAGGAACUGGUCUUCUGUUCCAGAACUGAAUGAUACUCAGGAGCCUUUUUCAAUCCCCUCUGCUGACUAUAAUGAUGAGGAAUUUCUGCAAUAUCUUUGGAGGGAAUAUUUACAUCCCAAAGAAUAUGAAUGGGUCCUGAUUGCAGGGUAUAUUGUUGUAUUCAUUGUGGCUCUCAUUGGAAACAUCCUGGUUUGUAUUGCAGUGUGGAAGAACCAUCACAUGCGGACAGUUACCAACUACUUCAUAGUAAACCUCUCCCUGGCUGAUGUUCUUGUCACAAUCACUUGUCUUCCAGCCACAUUAGUAGUGGAUAUCACAGAAACUUGGUUUUUUGGGCAGACCCUCUGCAAGGUGAUCCCCUAUUUACAGACUGUGUCAGUCUCUGUGUCUGUACUAACACUUAGCUGCAUCGCUUUGGAUCGCUGGUAUGCAAUUUGUCACCCUUUGAUGUUUAAAAGCACAGCCAAGAGGGCAAGGAAUAGCAUUAUCGUUAUCUGGAUUGUGUCCUGCAUUAUAAUGAUUCCUCAGGCUAUUGUUAUGGAGUGCAGCAGUAUGUUCCCAGGAUUAGCUAACAAAACUAUCUUAUUCACAGUUUGUGAUGAGCAGUGGGGAGGUGAGGUCUACCCCAAAAUGUAUCACACGUGUUUUUUUCUGGUGACAUACGUGGCACCACUGUGUCUUAUGGUGUUGGCCUAUUUACAAAUAUUUCGAAAACUAUGGUGCCGCCAGAUCCCGGGAACUUCCUCAGUAAUUCAAAGAAAAUGGAAGCCUCUGCCCUCUUUAGCACAGCCCCGGGGGCUGGGACAGUCAACCAAGUCAAGGAUUGGUGGGGUAGCAGCUGAAAUAAAACAGAUUCGAGCCAGGAGGAAAACAGCGCGUAUGCUAAUGGUGGUUCUCUUGGUUUUUGCACUUUGCUAUCUACCAAUUAGUAUCCUCAAUGUCUUAAAAAGGGUUUGGGGGAUGUUUAACUAUGCUGAUGACAGAGAGACUGUGUAUGCCUGGUUUACAUUCUCGCACUGGCUUGUGUAUGCCAACAGUGCAGUGAACCCUAUCAUUUAUAACUUUCUCAGUGGAAAAUUUAGAGAAGAAUUUAAAGCAGCAUUUUCUUGCUGCUGGCUUGACAUUCACCAUCACCAGGAUGAACGACUCACCAGGGGCCGUGCAAGCACUGAAAGUCGGAAAUCCUUGACCACCCAGAUCAGCAAUUUUGAUAAUGUUUCAAAACUUUCAGAACAUGUUGUGCUGACCAACAUGAGCACACUCCCAGCAAAUGGUGUGACAUCCAAACUCAGCCCAUUGAAGUCAGUGGAACUGCACCUGCAUACGCCAGGGAUGAACAUGACUUCAAGUUUAGAUGAAGCAGAAAGAGUUUCUGUGGAAGACAGUGGCACAACAGAGAAUACAGAGUGGGCCAAAUUCAUCCCUGGUGUAACCAAACUGACCUUACUGGAGUUACAUCAGGGAUGAGUUUUGCCCUGUACAUUUAAAACAACCUGCAAAUGGCACUCC